UGCUCCUCUACAGCGCGAGACGCAUCGUCGUCAGAGAGCGUUGUCAACAACGGGGACGGUGGCCAAAAUACAAACAAACAUCGUCCUGUCCGGCAGAAAUUUCGCAAGCGGAAUUCAACUGAAAAAAAGAGGACAGAUGAAGUGACCAGCCGGGGUGCGAUGUCAUCGUUCCAGGUGGUGGACUCGUCGCCGGGCAGCAGCGUCAGCGUCAUGGAAACGUCCAACUUUGCCCACGUCAUCUUCCAGAACGUGGGGAAGAGUUUCCCGCCCCAGGCGCCGCUGGAGUGUCGCUACACCCUGACCCCGUUCAUCACCCCCAACCCCAAAGACUGGGUGGGCAUCUUCAAGGUGGGUUGGAGCACAGCCAGAGAUUACUACACCUUCCUUUGGUCUCCUGCGCUUGAAAACUAUGAACCAGGAAGUACUGUGCACAGGACUGUGGUGUUUCAAGGGUAUUACGUUCCCAAAUCUGACGGAGAGUUCUACCAGUUUUGUUAUGUUACACACGUUGGUGACAUAAGAGGAGCCAGCACGCCCUUUCAGUUCAGGUCAGCCACGCCCACAGAAGAGCUUCUGACUGUUACCGAGGACGACAGCAACUCCGACAUACUGGUCGUCACCACCAAGACGGGCCUACUGGAGCAUGUCGAGGACGUGCAGCAGGAGCGCAGGGAGCUGCUGAAGGCCAUGCGCCUCCUUCAGGAGGAGAAACAGCAGCUGCAGGAGGAGCAGAAACGACUGGCCAGGGAGCGCGAGCAGGAGCGAGACACGUGCAGCCUGCUGCGGACUCACAACCAGGAGCUGCUGCGCUCGUCGCAGGGCCUGUCCGAAGAGAGGGAGGACGUGAGGAGGAGGCUGUCGGAGGCCACCGACCGGGUGCGCCAGCUGGAGGAGGACCUGCUGGGGGUCACGCAGAGGGGCCUGCAGAAGGAGACGGAGCUCGAUUGUCUGCGUGACCGCCUGAAAAAGCUGACGGCGGAGAAAGACCUCCUGGAGAGCCAGCUGAAGAACGAGAAGGACGAGAGAGACCUUUACAAGGCCCACCUGCGCAGCACCGAGCUGGAGAACACCAAGCUGAGUGCGGAGCUGCAGAUGCUGAAGGCGGUGGAGCUGAACCGGGAGGUGACCAUCGCUCAGUUCCAGGAGGAGCUGGACAGGCUCCGGCUCUGCGUGGCCCAGCGGGACGGCCUGGAGAAAGAGCUGCUGUCACACAAGGCCGACAAGGCAGAUCUGGCCCGUUUGCGCGAGCAGCUGCGUCAGGCGGAGGAGCAGCUCCAGGCGUCGCGGCAGCAGGCCUCCCUGCUGGCCUCGGAGCUACGCGACUCGGCCAGCGCGCGGGACCACUCCAUGAGCGAGCUGUACCGCGCCCGCCUGGAGGCCGACAAGCUCCGCGCCAGCCUGGCCGACGCCCAGGCCGAGUGCCAGCGCAUGGAGAGCCAGCUGGACCGCAUGAGGAGCACCGCGCAGAAGGAAGUGGGCGUCGGCACCGGCGAGGCCACGACGCCCAGCAACGGCGUGGUUUCGGAGGCCGAGGCGGAACUGCAGAGAGAGGUGGAGGAGCUGAAGCUGCGUCUUCACAUGGCGGCCGAGCACUACAAGGAGAAGUACCGGGAGUGCCAGCGCCUCCGGAGGCAGGUGGCCAAACUGAAUACGACCGAGUCACAGGGAGAGCAGAAGAGAAAUGCAUCCACUGAGACGACACAGGAGCCUCUGACGCCUAGUCCGGAGUCACCGACAGCAGGAAACAUAGCUGCUGCAGUCCUACAAGAAGCUGCUGGGACGACAAUAAGACCGCCGCUCAUUAACGGGGAGGCUGAUGUAUACGUCAGCAUGGAGAGGGAAGAAAGGCAGACAGAGAAAACAACCAGCGAGAGGGCCGAGGUGGAGGCCGAGGUGGAGGCCGACCAACGGGAGGAAGAAAAAGACAAGAGGGACAGUCUGCCUGAGAGCCUGAGGAUGACGAGCUGGGUGGAGGUGGAGAACGAGAGGCGGAGCGGCGGCGCGGAGGUGGCGGCGAAGGCGGAGGCCUUGGAAAGGGGGGACGGGGCGGAGCGCCCGGUGCUGCUGCCGGAGCUGGAGGGGAGGCGCCUGGAGGAGGCGGAGAAGGCGCAGACGCGCUCGGUGGAGGAGGAGCUGGCGAUGAUGGAGGAGAAGUGGAGGCAGCAGUGCGCCAUCAACGAGACGCUCAAACAGCGGCUGGCCGACGAGGAGGAGCGAUUCAGGGUGCACAUGGCGGAGCGAGCCAGCGAGGUGACAGAACUGAAGCGAAACCUCGCUCAGGCCCUCCGAGAAAAGGAGCAACUGCAAGAGGAGCUGCAGCGCCUCGUGUGCAGGCAGAGGGAGCGGGGGGCCGGCGCGCAGGGCGCCGAGGUCAGGCAGCCCAUGGUGCUCCGCUACCCCCUGCCGUACCCUCAGGACCCCUCCCCACCGCCGCUGGUCCCGCACAGGCCCGCCGAGCUGCAGUACGGCAACCCGUACUCCACCGAGGACGCGCCGGGCGGCGACCGGACGGACGUCGUCGCGCUCUCUCUGGAGCACGUGUCCCGUCCUCCGCCCGAGGCCCCGCCCUGCGCCCCUCCCUGCGCGCCCCCGAUGGCGCCCCCGGCCGAGGGCCCCGGGGCGCCGGGCUGGGACCGGGAGGUGGUCCGCAUCCAGCCCUCCCGCAGCACCAGCCCCCCCGAGUGUCUGGAGAAUGCGGCGGAGGAGCCGCGCAACGCUGCUGAUGGGGCUCAGCCGUCCUGUGAUCAUCAGUCCAGUAGACGUAGAGAAGCCAGGGGCAGCUUCUGCUUUGACUCCAGUAGCAUCCACAGGCGCUGCCCGCUGUGCGAGGUGAUCUUCCCGCCCCACUUCGAGCAGCGCAGCUUCGAGCAGCACGUGGAGAGCCACUGGAAGGUCUGCCCCGUCUGCUCCGAGCAGUUCCCCCUCAACUGUCAGCAGCAGCUCUUCGAGAGGCACGUGCUCACGCACUUCGACGGCCACGUGCUCAACUUCGAGCAGAUCGAAUGAAGGCCGGAGCUCCAAUUCUGACUUAUCGUAUGGGUAAAUAAAUGUGUGUCUCAGCUAUUAGUUCAUUUCGAUCGGGUCAAGGUGUCUUUGUUGUUAUACAAUCAUUAGCACUUUUUGGGGGGGAUUUAUGACUAAUAACACGCCAUUGGUGAAAGCAAAAUCAGCCCUCGGUUCCUCACUUUGGUCUUUCAUGCUCAUCUUUUUGCUUCAAAGGGACUAAAGCAGCAUCGGUAGUGCAUGCAUUCAUUAAGUGUUCAAAAUGCAAGCUGCUUAAAGAGUGAGUUGUAGCUGGAACCAGGUGUUUGAAGAGAAAGCCUUUCAGUACGUCGUUUUUCUGCCUAUCCAGAUAUUAUUUUCAAUCAGUCUGACUCUCGCGUGUUGAUGCAGACAAGCUUUUUUCUUCCUCUUUUAAUUGUCCACAUGUUCUAAAGUUCGGAAAGGCUGAAGGAAAAUGAAUCCUUAUAAUUAUAAUUUUUUAAGUGUAAAUGCAGAGCGAGAUGUGAAUAUGGGACUUCAUGGGGUUGUUUGUAUUUAAUUGAGUGUUGGAAAAAAAUGUUGACUUGAAUGGGAAGCGAUAUUACAGCACUACGUUUUCAUGUAUCUGCACUAAAAAAAGGAUUCAUUCUGAAUGUACUGUACAUAUGAAAAUAAGUAUAAGUUGUGGAGAGACCUGUGAAUUACUGUCGUGACUCCGCCUCCCGUCAUCGUUCAUGUUUCAGUGAUGAAAGAAUGACGGACCAACGAUGUUUCACUCGUCUUUUAUUUCGCUCGAUCACGUUUUAGGCCAACGGAGCGCAGGACACUAAAUUGCAGACACUUCUGUUACGUACUUCCAAGUUUUAACGUUACAAACUGUGAAGAGAAAUCAGUUGCUUUGCGUCCAAAUCAUGAGUGGGUGUCAUUUAUAUGUGUGUGUCUCCACAUCCCCGCUCGUCUAGCUACAAAGUGACCCCUGACAGUGUUGUAUUCAGGACUUAAAAAUUGCACAUGCCCAGUAAACACAAGGCAAGUGUGUGUGUGUGUGGCCCUUUUCAUGUGGGAAUGUCAGGAAGGAGGUUCAGGUGUGUACUGCAAAGAUCUCUAUGAAUAAAGCAAGCUUGUCUUAAUGCAUUCAACUGAAA